GUGGCCAGUAGGGGCGGGGUUAGGCAAAUAUUUCCCUAUAUGGGGCCAGGGGGUGGGGCCUGGGAGCGGGGGAUAGGGUUUCUCCUCGGGGGGCGUGGCUUGUGGGUCCCAGCUUUCCCGCCGACGGUUGGCCGCGUCACGUGACAUGGGUUGGAAGAUGGCGUCUCCCACAGAGGGUACAGAUCUGGAAGCAUCUUUAUUAAGUUUUGAAAAACUUGAUCGUGCCUCACCAGAUCUUUGGCCAGAACAAUUACCAGGUGUUGCUGAAUUUGCAGCUUCUUUCAAAAGUCCUAUUACUAGCUCACCACCCAAAUGGAUGGCUGAAAUAGAACGUGAUGACUUCGACAUGUUGAAAGAACUGGGGAGCCUCACCACAGCUAAUUUGAUGGAGAAGGUACGAGGCCUACAGAACCUGGCCUAUCAGCUGGGACUAGAUGAGUCCAGAGAAAUGACACGGGGGAAGUUCCUCAACAUUCUAGAGAAACCCAAGAAGUAGCAGCAGUUCGUGGACAGGAUGUCCCGGGGGCUGGAACCACGCUCCGCUCCCAGUGCAGCUCUGAUGAUGCCCACCUCACUGCUUCCUGGCGAGAGGCUGGAGGGUGCACCUCCAGGGCUGACCUCUCCCCUGCUCCUGGGCUCUGCGCCUCUGAGGACAUUCGGCAGCAAGAGAAGCAUCUGUUCUACCAAGGAUCAAUGCCGUUAUCCAGUCAGCUUCCAGACUCUGACCAUCCCCAUGUCAGAUGUUGGUAACACCAGAGGGCAUAGCAUUCUUAAAGGUCAAAGUCCUGCUUUCUCAUUUCUGGAAGUGACUCAGGAGCCCCAGGAUCUCAACAGUUGAUUUGACUCAGUGAUGGCAAAGUCCGUUGUGACAGCGGUUGCAUGAGUUGUACUUGAUCUCGUAGGAAGUAUUUAUGAUGCAAGGAGCCCAGAGACCAAUUAGAUUCUGGACCAGAUCAUGCAGGUUGACCUGUGAGCUCUCCAGGGUAUACUAGGUUCUAAGAAUCCCCAGCUGGAGAAACCAGAAUCUUCUAGAAAUGAUGCCUGCUUUUAAAAUUCUACACCUCUCAUGGUAGUCCCAUAUCCUAAGCCUCCCAUUCCCCGCCUCCUAGCUCCCACCAUCCGUUCUGACUCCGGAGAAGGGGAUCCUUGCAUAUCAAGUCCCUCCUGGGAUUAGUUUGUGUCAUGAAAGGCCCAUGCACAGUUGCAUUAGACCUCAAGACCAAUUCCAAGGUGACAGAAAGGACUCUGGAGUUCUAAUUAAGCUGUUACAGAUUCAAGCGAGAUAGUUAGUAUGGCCUGAAGAUAGGAAAAGGGGGUUGACUGUAGGAGUUGGAUUUGAUUAACAACUAGACACUCUGAUUGACCUUACGGGAAUGUGUGUGCUAUGUAGUGAUGGCAGUGUUCCCCCUUUAGCCCCUCUCACAGCACUUAUCAGAUAUUUCACCCACAGGACAGGAACACACAUGAAAGGAAAAGAGAAUCUCCUGACUUAAAUAUAACUCGUAUGGAAUGUUUGCCAAUUAUGUGUCUCUGUUAAAAUCUGAAAAUCUAGCUUAUGGGUAAUAGUGAUUACACAUGUUCUCCGUAUUUUGUCUUACAAGCCUCUAAUGUUUUGAAGAAUCCAUGGAGUUUCCUGAACUUUAUGAAAAGAACAUCCAUGUGACAGUAGUCUGAUAGUGUUUGGAUACAAGGAAAAUCGUAGUCAAAUUUUUGGCCCUGAGUAUCUGUGCGGCACUAUUCACUUUAAUGGCUGGUCCGUUAGCCAUACGUGUGCCUUGUUUCCCAGCUAGCGUUAAUGUUGGAUUUUUCUCUCAUUUGUGCUAUUUGACCAUCCAUGCAAUUUUCCUUACUGACAAGAAGGAAGACAUUGAACACAAGAUAAAAGGGAUGAGUAUGGGACGGAAAGCACUCUGCCUGGGCAGAGGCUUUGAUUUUAAGUUAAGCUUAUUAUUGACAUUCCUUUAUUUUAAAUGUGGUUGAAGAGUUUGCAUAUGCACAAAAAAAAAAUAGUGGUAUAAUAGCAAACUCUUUCUUUUGAGAGCUGAUGAUGUCAAAAGGAGAAAUUAAGAAAUAUAUGGAGAAUAUUGGGAUACCUCCCCCAAACCAACUUGUUGGUAACCUGAACCUAUGUAAUUGGGUUUGGGUCUCUUUUACUGUCAUAGUAGUCACCAGCACUUACUGUAAGUAGAUAUUUUAGAAUUGUGAUAUUUAUUGGUUUUAUAUUUGUCGUCCUCAGAAAUGUUAAUGUUGUGUUUUUAUAUUGAUAAUGUAAAUUUAUGAACUAUGUGUGCAUGUAUGUAUUUCAGGAUGUUGGAAGGUUGUACUUUGUAUAUAAUGUCUUCUGUGUCAUCAUAAUAAAUAUGUUCCUUUUA